CAAAGCUAGCCUCUAGUAUUGACAUUAAUGUCUGUGUUGAACACAGGCUUAACCAUUCAUUAAAGGCCCAGUUGUUACGUAAUUUGAUUAAAUUAAUGGCUUGUGUAAUCAAUUAGCUGAAGUCAUGAGUAAAGAUAUUCCGUCUAAGUUAAUUCGAACAAUUGACUGCAAACAGGGUGCUGUCAGGGCAGUCAGAUUUAAUGCUGAUGGUACCUACUGUUUAACAUGUGGAAGCAAUAAGACAAUUAAACUCUGGAAUCCACAUAGAGAUUUGCUGUUGAAGUCUUAUCAGGGACAUGGUUAUGAAGUUUUAGAUGCACAAGCUGGGUGUGAUAACAGUCAAAUAUGUUCCGGUGGAAUGGAUAAAACUGUUCGCUUAUUUGACGUGGCUACAGGAAAAGCAUUGCGAACAUUCAGGGGCCAUGCAGGUACAGUUAAUUGUGUCAAGUUUAAUGAAGAAUCAACUGUUAUAUUAUCUGGAGCUAUUGACAGUAGCAUACGAGCCUGGGAUACAAGGUCAAGAAAAAAUGAACCAGUUCAGGUAAUGGAUGAAGCUAAAGAUAGCGUAACAUCAAUACAAGUAUCAGAUCAUGAGAUAUUGUCAGGAUCAGCAGACAAUCAUGUGAGAAGAUACGAUCUACGAAUAGGUCGACUGAUGUCAGAUUAUAUAGGAAAACCUGUUACCAGUGUUACAUUUACUAGAGAUGGUCAAUGUAUUUUAGUUAGUUCUUUAGAUGAUACAUUACGACUGAUUGAUAAAGAUACAGGAGAACUUCUUAACGAAUAUAAAGGUCAUAAAAACAGUGAAUAUAAAAUUGAUGGCUGUUUAAACAGUAAAGAUACUCAUAUAUUAACAGGAUCUGAAAAUGGUUUAGUUUGUAUUUGGGAUCUUGUAGAUGCAAAUAUGGUGGAGAAAUUGGAUCACUCAACUACGCGUGCCAUUCAUUCCCUGUCUUACCAUCCAAGUGAUACUUGUUUAUUAACAGCAUCUGGUGACAAGUUUUAUGUUUGGAAAUCAAAAUAUGCACCUAGUGGAGAUUGAAAGAAUAAAAGCAUGUCAUUGAUACUGAAUCCUUCAUAAUGUAAUAUAAGUGGAUUAGACAGCUGCUGGUACAGAUGAACAGAAUCAUAAAAAUACCCCCAAGGGAGAUAACUCGUGUUGUUUCUGCUAUUGCAUUGGCCAAGAAUGCAUGUUUGAAAGUUAUUUGAUUCACUUUUACAUGCUUUUGGUGAUAUUAUAUCCAAUCAGGAGAUAUAGUAUGAAUGAUACCGUUAAAAACAAAACAUUCCAACCUUUUGUAUUGUUCUUUGAGAGAUAGUAUUGCUUUGACAUCUCUGAAACAUCUGCUAUUAACAUGUAAAAUGUAUUAUACUACUGUACAAAAGAUCUUUUAUAUAUUUUUAUAUUCAGAUAGCUAAUUGGUUCUGUCUCAAAUAAAGUUCUCUUUUCGAAAAGGGAUUGAACAAGAUAAAUUAAUAAGUAAUUUUCUGUCAAGUACUAGAUUGAAAUAUGAAAUGUGGUGUGUCUCUUUUUGUCAAUUUCGCAAAGAAACUGGCCUUACUGCAUGGUAAAAUAUAGCCAUAUGGGAAAUGCAAGGGCAAUAAAGUUGUAAUAUGUACCUUA